AGCACGGUUCUCCUUUUUUUUUUUUCUUUCAAAAGAUUUGCAGGACUGAAUAGGCCUUCAGCCCGGGGGGGAGAUGAUUGGAGAGUGCGCGUGUGUGUCGGAGGUUGUCUGCGCUUCAGUGCUGUGUGUGCUCGGAGGGGGUGUGUCUUUGUUCAGGGAAAAGUGAGCGCUUAAAACUUUGAAAGCCACUCACACACACACACACACUGUGUGGUGAGUUUCAGAUGGUUCCAAAGGUGUCGUGAGAUACACACCUACGCCGCGGUCCGAGAGAGAGGCUGUGGGCUUUCAACAUGAACAGGAGGUCUCAGAACGGCGCCGUCGGCAAUGGAAACAGAGCAAACAACCACGGGGCGUCCCACAACGGAGCCGGGUACUCCGAGGUCCGCCGCGAAGCCCCGGGUUCGGAGGACCCCGACGUUAAGGUGGAGCUGGGGAAGAAGGUGACGCUGCUGCGAGGCAUCUCCAUCAUCGUGGGCACCAUCAUCGGAGCGGGGAUCUUCGUGGCCCCGAAGGGCAUUCUGAAAAACACCGGCAGUGUGGGAAUGUCCCUGGUCGUGUGGGUCGCGUGCGGCGUGCUCUCCCUCUUUGGAGCGCUUUCAUAUGCAGAACUGGGAACCUGUAUCACCAAAUCAGGCGGACACUACACCUACAUCCUCGAGGCCUUCGGUCCGCACCUAGCCUUCAUACGGAUAUGGUCUGACCUAAUUGCUAUCAGGCCGGCGGGGAUGGCGGUGCUCUCGCUUGCCUUUGGCCAGUACAUCCUGGAGCCGCUGUUCAUGCCCUGUCCCGUGCCCCCGAUGGCCGCCAAGCUGGCCGCCGCCAUCGGCCUGACUGCGGUCAUGUAUCUGAACAGUAUGAGCGUCACCUGGACGGCUCGCUUCCAGAUCUUUCUGACGGUCGCCAAACUCCUCGCCAUCUUAGUCAUAAUACUACCGGGGAUGUACCUGCUGUUUACAGGGGAGACAAGGAAUUUUGAGAAUGCCUUUGAUCUGACCGCUAUGAACCUGGCCGACUUGCCAUUGGCCUUCUACUCUGGGAUGUAUGCUUACGCUGGGUGGUUCUAUCUUAACUUUGUGACCGAAGAGGUGGAUAAACCGGAGAAGACCCUUCCCCUGGCCAUCUGCAUCUCCAUGGCGGGAGUGUCCAUCUGCUACGUGCUGAUCAACGUGGCGUACUACACUGUGAUGUCUGCAGACGAGCUCCUUGCCUCGGGGGCCGUCGCCGUGGAAUUUGCAAGUAGGGUGAUGGGAAACUUCUCCAUCGUGGUCCCUUUGUUUGUGGCCCUGUCCUGCUUCGGCUCCAUGAACGGCUGCAUCUUCGCCAUCUCCAGAAUGUUCUACGUUGCGUCUCGGGAAGGUCAACUUCCAGAAGUUCUGUCCAUGAUCCACAUCCGCAGACACACUCCCCUGGCAGCCGUCCUCACCAUGUACCCGAUGACUUUACUCCAGCUGUUUGUGGGAGACAUCUACAGCCUUUUAAACUUCAUGAGCUUCCUGCGCUGGCUGUUCAUCGGCAUGGCCGUGCUGGGAUUAAUCUACCUCCGGUUCACACAGCCUGACCUCCCCAGGCCCUUUAAGGUCCCUCUGAUCAUCCCGGUUCUGUUCUGCCUGACCUGCUUCUUCAUGGUCUUCCUGUCCCUGUACUCCGACCCUGUCAACACCGGGAUAGGCUUUGCCAUUUCCCUCACUGGUAUCCCAGCCUACUACCUGUUCAUCGUGUUUGACCGCAGACCAAAGUGGCUCCAGAGAUGUCUAGAUUCUUUCAACAGAGCCAUGCAGAUUGUCAUGGAGGUGGUCCCUGCUGAAGCCUAACACGUUCCAACGCUGGAUCACCUCAAAGUUUGAACAGCACUGGAACAAUACUUCUAGAAGUGGAUCUGUUGAUAUCUUUUACAUUUUUGUGAGAGCAUAUCAGACGAAGGAAUAAUAGAACCAGUGUUUUGGUUUCCGUAAGCUAAAUACUAGUGCAGGGUACGUAUGUAUUUCAAGAGUAAGACAGAAGUUACUAGUAGUGCUAAACUAACUAAUAACCUUUUUCCACCCACAUCUGCAUGCAGAUGCGGGUUUUUGAGCGCAUAAAUGCCUGCACAAGAUAGGCCAUUUAUUUCAUUUCCCAUUGACGUUAGACAGGUAGGCCUAUGCCUUUUAACGUUCUUUUUCUGCUGCGUCACAUUUGACGUCACAAACACUUCAGGAACCAUGGUUGGUAAACAGUGGAAAGCACUGCUAGCACCAGAAGCACCUGAAGCACCUUAACAUUUCCAAUGGCCACUAUGCUAGUGGCCAUUGAAUAUGGUUCAGUGCUUCAGGUGGAAAAUAAAGGAACUUCUCAAAAAAGUCCUGCCGUCGCCACGGUUACUUUCUUAAUCUUUCCCAAUCACAGUUCAUGUCAACGGUCAAACAAACAUUUAAUAUCGGUAAGAGUAGGUUGUUAUUACAGUCCGUUGCUUCCACAAAUCUGAACUGUAAUGUUCGUGUCUUCAUGUGCUGCUUAUCCCCAUGGAUGCAUUAAAAUACGUUUUUUGCUAAGAUUUUGAGGUAUUAGCUAUUUGGCUAGUUGUCAUAGAAACAGCGCGCAAAGCACAGAUUUGCGUCUCUUUUUUUUCCAGCGAACCAAUACUUAAUCUCAGUGCGUCCUAGCGUUAUACCAGCGCCUUUCUGACACUAUGUGUGACACAUUCAGUUUCAAACUGGGUUUGAAGACCCAAAUGGCCGCCGAAGGCCACCCCAGGGGUCGUGCUUCCAGUGGCGGCUGGUGGUUCAAUUUGUGGAUGAGGCGCAGUCAUGGACAGGGGGACAGGGGGGGUCCCCCCCCUGGAAAUGUUGAGCUUGAUAGAUGUGAUUUCCUGCAUUCUGGUGCAUUUUCGGGCUGACCACUACCUAAAAAUUCAUUCCGAUUCAUCCUGACCUGCAGGGCCUGGACAAGCUUACACUUUAUAAACACACCUACUUCAUGGCCAUUCCACCAGCAAUGGCUAUUCGACCAAUGGUUGUUAUUCUGAUAAUGAGGCAAAUUGUGAUCACUGUCCUAUAGUGUAGAAAUCUGGGACAGUUGCUUAAUUUUGUUUAUGCAAUAGGAAAGAAUAAAUUAACAUGUAACUUA